UUAUCUCUCUCACACCUCUUUAACAUCAUUUUUUUUUUGCGCCUCUUUCUCUCAUUCCAAACCCUAAUUUCCAAACUUGCAUAUUUUUCUUCGCCGCAGCUUCAUCUCCAUUGGCGCCAUCUAUUCCAUCCAUCAGAUUUGGACCUGUGGAUGCUUGAUUUGCUGCAGCUAUGACAGCUCAAGCAAGCAUUCUUCAGAUCACUUAUUCAAACGAGCUGCUAAAUGGUCAGCCGAUUUAUGUGUCAUCAAAUUGCUUUCCGGUAAAGGCUUCACGGUUUGAACCUGCUGGUCAUUCUUUUCAUGAUGUUGCACUCAAAUUACGUGGUUGUUUCAUCGAAGAAAACAUAGAAGACGAUAAAGAUAUCGACAAUGAAAGUGUGCCUAAAGACAGCGAACAAGAGUAUAUGCAAUCAUCUGGUUCAUAUAGCAGUAGCAAGGGUAAAAAGAAGUCUGGCAGUGGAGCCACCCAGCAGGAUCAUUAUGCGUUAUUGGGUUUGGGUCAUUUAAGGUAUUUAGCAACUGAGGAACAACUUAGAAAAAGCUAUCGUGACACAGCUUUAAAACAUCAUCCCGACAAACAGGGGGCUCUUCUUCUCUUGGAGAAAAGCGAAUCCGCUAAACAAGCGAAAAAGGAAGAAAUAGAGAAUCAUUUUAAGGCAAUUCAAGAAGCGUAUGAGGUUUUAAUGGACCCUGUGAAGAGAAGAGUUUAUGACUCUACUGAUGAAUUCGAUGAUGCAAUCCCAACUGACUGUGCCCCACAAGAUUUCUUCAAGGUUUUUGGACCUGCCUUUUUGAGAAAUGGACGGUGGUCAGUUACACAACCGAUUCCCUCAUUAGGAGAUGAAAAUACUUCACUUAAAGAUGUUGAUUCUUUCUAUGAUUUUUGGUAUGGGUUCAAAAGUUGGAGAGAAUUCCCACAUGAGGAUGAGUAUGAUCUUGAUGAAGCUGAAUCACGUGACCAUAAAAGGUGGAUGGAAAGACAGAAUGCAAAGCUUUCUGAAAAAUCUAGAAAAGAGGAAUAUGCAAGAAUACGCUCUCUUGUUGAAAAUGCAUAUAAACGAGACCCAAGAGUGCAAAAAAGAAAGGAGAUGCUGAAAGCAGAGAAACAGAAGAAGAAAGAGGCCAAGUUUCUGACUAAAAAACUUCAAGAAGAGGAAGCUGCUAGAAUUGCAGAAGAGGAAAGGCGUAGGAAAGAAGAAGAAGAAAGACAAGCUGCUGAAGCUGCUUCAAAUCAAAAGAAAAUCAAGGAGAAAGAAAAGAAACUAUUGCGUAAAGAACGAGCUCGUCUUCGAACAUUAUCAACAAAUGUUAUUUCUCAGCAUUUGCUUAAUCUGAAAGAGGAUGAUGUGGAAAAUCUCUGUAUGUCACUUGACAUUUUAAAGUUAAAGGACUUGUGUGACGAAAUGGAAACAAAAGAAGAAUCUGCGCAAGCUGAACUACUCCAGGAAACACUGAAUAACACUGACCUUUCUGAGCAAGAUUUUGUUUCAACUAAUAGUCAACGGAAUGGGGCUGUAAAAGUCAACGGAAAUGUUUCUAAAAGUGGUUCGAAGAAAAAGGAGAAACCAUGGGGAAAAGAAGAGGUUGAGCUUUUGAGGAAAGGGGUCGUGAAAUACCCUAAAGGAACUUCUAGAAGGUGGGAGGUUAUUUCAGAGUACAUUGGAACAGGACGAUCGGUGGAGGAGAUUCUUAAGGCAACCAAGACCGUUCUUCUUCAAAAACCUGACCCCACAAAAGCAUUUGAUUCGUUUCUUGAAAAGAAGAAGCCUUCACCGUCGAUUUCAUCUCCUCUCACAACCAGGGAGGAUAUUGAGGGGGCAUCUUCCAAUCCUAGCCCAGUAGAAGGUGCUGAAGUUUCUCCAAAACCUAGUCAAAAUGCAGAUGAAGUUGUGGCAAAUGGUGUAGCGAAUGGUUUGGUGAAUGGUGCGAGUUUGGAUCCAGAUGCCUGGUCUGCGAUUCAAGAAAAAGCACUGAUACAAGCUUUAAAGAUGUUCCCAAAAGAGGCUAACCAGCGAUGGGAGCGGGUUGCAGCUGCUGUACCCGGGAAAACAGUUAACCAGUGCAAAAAGCAAUUUACCUUGCUCAAGGAUAAAUUUAGAAACAAGAAGAAUUAGCAUGACUUUUGAUCAUCAAGUCCUACCCAAUUUUGACUUCUGGAAAAAACAUAUUUAUUUUAUCAUUUUUGCAGUAACCUGUGAUAUUUAGGAGCACCUCAUUGCAGAUUUUGCCUAGACACACUAGGUGGAUCAGUUGAAAAAUCCUUUGCAUUUGGAAACAAAGGUUACGGGUGAAUUCUCACUCCUUGUAGGGGUAAGACUUACCAUUCAACCUCCCCCGUACUUUGUGGAAGACAGGAAUGGGUAAUUUUUGACACUAUGUGGUCUUAGGUAACGUCAGUGGUAUUAUCCAAAAAACAAUUAUUCAUUUUUCAAGACAUGUCUCUUGGAAAUUCAAGUAGAAAAUGUGUUUUUUUGUUAUUAAUGAGCCUUAAACGCAGGUUAUUAUUUAUAUUGCCAUCAUAUUUCAUUGCAAGGUCAAACAGAUCCUUAAAAGUAUGUGACCAUAUAUCUGUUGCUAAUGUAUGCAUAUUAAGUUGUUUUGGAUUUA